AUGAGGAUAUGCCCAAUCAACACAGUCUCUUCCUCGUUAAUGAUCGGCUUGGCAGGUUCCACGCUGGCCAUGGCUUCCUUGGGGUCUGGUCCCCCAGACCGGCCUUCGCAGCCGACAUCGUUGACAUCAAGUGUCAUGAACUACGUAGAACGGUCAACAGAUAAUCCAUUGCAACCGCUGCCGUUGCCGUCGAUUGGCAAACGCCUAUUGAACACAGAUGAUACUGAGAGCGGUCUUACAAGCCGGGGGGUUCACAACAGUGACAGCGAGUCUGGUGGCUCCGUCAGCGACUACUUCGGAAGAGCAUGGGAGCGCCCCUCCGGCUCUUCUCACCCACUCACCACCCCUACAGAGUCCACCGGCACGCCCUUCUCAACAGAAUCCUCUGGUUCCGACUCAAACGACUCCAGAGGGAGAGGUCUGGUGAGAAACAGAUUCGCUAGGGUCAUUCGACAUGGGACACCCCCUCCCUUUUCGUCACCAGAGCCAGACUGGUCGAAGAAGCGUGUACCGCCUGCACAUAGAAAACAGCAGAGACGUCUCAAGGCGAUGAUGGGGGAGCCGGCUGCAGGGACAGGUAUCCGCGGCCCGCGACCGACACCUUUGCAAAUCCCUGGAAAGCCACGACAAGGGUCAGGUGGGAAGAAGCUUUGGGAGUACCUCAAUUUGGGAAAUCCAGAUGAUUGGAAGAAAUCAUCCCCGUCCCCAAAGACUUUCCAGAAGCUGAACUUGAACGGUAUACCAGGCAGUCCUCCGCCAAGAGCUUGGGAGGCACCUCCGCAGAAGAAGAAGGGAGUGGCAUCCAGGAUGGGGGGCAUGGCAAAGUCAGGAAUGGGCAAGCUCACAAAGGGGUUCAAGAAGCUCUUUGGUAAGCGCAGUCUGGACGGGUUCGAGCAGCAACCUGCUCCUGGGGGUGGCUUCUUCUUUCGACAUACACAGGCUGCCACGGAGCCUCGCUUUCCCAACGGACCGCAAUUCUUCAAGUCGGAGAGGCCGUCCAAUUCACAGGGCAGGUACGCUAUCCCUCCUUUACCGCCGACGGCCCCAAAGAGGUUCAAGGAGCUUGAAGGCGUUGCUUCUCCGUUGCGCCACACUAAGCCACCAAGAACGAAGAAAGUGAGGGGAGCUGUGCAGAAGGCGAAGAAGACGCUCAAGAAGAUCGGAAAAUUCUUCUGGAGGUAG